GAUCCAAUAAUAAAUGUUAUUGAUUCUAAUAGAUAUUCUGUUAGAAUGAUACCUUGGCUAACAACAGAAACGUUGACCAUAAUUUUCAUGGAUAAUCCUACACCUGGAAAAUAUGAGGUACAAAGCUAUGGAAAACCCAGUAUUUUAAACAUCAAAUACUCGUUAGUAGCCAACGCAUCGAUCGACAAACCGCAAGUUUCAAGAUCAAACGAAACAGGAUGCGUGCUGAAUGUACAAUAUGACUUCAACGAAAAUCAACCAUUAUUUAUCACAAGAAAACGAUAUUUUCCCAAAUUCCGAAUAUCGAAUGGACUUGUACGAAUUCGAGAAACCGAGAAAAUUCGUUUACAUUGUGGGAAUAGCAAUAUAAUCUACAAGGGAAACCAUUUAAAAUCCGUUGACGGUGCAAAAGUUACUAGUGUAGACUUAUUGUGUCUCCGAAACAAAACAUUUUACGUCAAAGAAAGCGAGAAAUAUACUAUCAAUUAUUAUAAUAUCAUCCACUUUCAGUGUGAUAAACCAUUUAAGACAAUAUUAAUGAAAAAUAAACAAAAAUGUUCCAAUUUGAAAACAAAAUUGUUCAGCAUCGGAUUUGCGCUGUCGACCUUGUACAUGGGAUUGUAUGAUGUAUGUUUCAAUUUAGAAACAAAAUCACCUAGUUUUACACGUUAUACAAUCCAAACUGGAAUGGCUGACUAUAUUCCAAGCUAUAGAUAUAGCAUCCGUGAUAAACAUGCGGUAGAUUAUGAAUUAGCUUUCGACUGUGAAAAACAAAAAGAGCAUUUGACUCCGCACACCUAUUUGAAGACUUGGGGAGGCACUUGUUGUUUUGUAAGAAGACAUUUAGUAAGCCCGAGAGAUGUGUUUCCAGGAUUGCCUCAAUUAGCUACGUAUGAGAACUUCAAUGUGGUCGCUCAUUGGAAUUUCUGUAAGGAAACCAACAAUUGGGAUGAGAUUGAGCAAAAAAUCAGACUGCUACUAAAAACAAUUGAUAAAUUAAGUGUAUGGACUGGAACAUUCGGAGGAAUAAAAAACUUUACGUUAAAUAGUCACAAUAUAAAUGUGGAUUUGAGUGUCCACGUUCCAAAAUACUUAUGGAAGGUUAUCCACAACAAGGCAGUCAAAAGUUCAUUAGCGAUUAUCCAGAUCAAUAUUCCAUUUUUGACAAUAGAUGAAGCAAAACGCCAUGUUCGUUGCAAAGAUAUUUGUGACCAAAUAAAGUGGUUGAGAGGCACGGACUGGAGAGAUGUCAACAGAGGCUAUACCUACUGUUGUAGGGUUCUCGAUUUUGAGAAAGCAUUUUCUUAUGAAAAUCGCUUUAGAGAUGUGCAUAAAAUUUUUAGAUACAUGCAGGAACAAGUAUAGAAAUUGAUUUAGAAAUUCAAGAAGGCUUUUAAGUUAGGCCCAUGAAACUUAUAAAAUAUCUUCUUUGCUGACUCUUCCCUGAAAAGAAUAUUAUAAUAUAAAAAUGUUGUUACUGUACAUCAUUAUCAGUUACUAUAACUGAACCGAGACCGACAAGAGGUCGAGCGACGGACUUGAUAUAGAUAAAAUUCUGGUCCCUGAAGGAAAUACUAGAAGGAGAAUUUCCCCUCAUCCUAAAGAAAACCGUCCUAAAGAGCUGUUAUUUACCUACUCUCCUCACAUACGGAUGUACGGAUGUCAAACGUGGACGUAUUACAUGGGUAACACUGAAAAUGUUUAGAACUGGCCAGUUAGAAUCAUUGCUAAUGAAAACUUUUUUUGAAUUUUAAUUUUAGAACUCUUUGGUAACCUAAUGUAGUAUAUUGCAUUCAUUUGUCAUUUGUUUUAAUGAAAUGGCAAAUCUAAAACUCUUGUUACACGUGAAAAUGAAUCAAACGCGAGAAAAUUUUCGGUCAAUGGUUUAUAACGACUUUCGUUUUGGGCUUACUCAACAACAAAGCUAUGAUAGGCUGCGAUUAGCAUUUUUAAUGAAGCCCUAUCUUGUGCCACUAUUUACAAUUUCUUUAACGAGUUUAAGCGUGGACAUAGCAAUCUCAACGAUGAUCCGCUUGAGGGACGUCCUUUAACAGCGACUACUGAAGAUAACAUCAGUGCUGUGCGACGUAUGGUAGAGGAAAAUAAGAGAGUGACCUAUCAGCAGAUAUGGGUAAGCCUAGGCAUUGAUAUGAGUCAAGUUCAAAAAAUAUAACACGAACAUUUAGGCGUCAGGAAGCUUUGUACCAGAUGGAUUCCCCAUACUUUAACCGACGAGCAGAAACACCUUCGCAUGGACUGGUGUCGCCAAAUGUUAGAUAAGUUCAACGGCGGUGACUCAAAUGCUGUUCUUGACAUCGUCACAGGUGAUGAAAGCUAGAUAUAUUCCUACGAGCCCGAAACCAAAAGACAGCUCCGCUCAGUGGGUGUUUCUAUUCGAGAAUCGGCCAACUAAGGUAAAGAAAGGAAGAAGUCAACGUAAAAAGAUGAAUGCCUCAUUCUUUGGUCGGAAAGGUCAUUUCGCGAUAUGUUGUGCUAGAAGAUGGAAGAAUAGUUACUGCAGACUGGUAUGUCAAUCGCUCGACAGCAGCGCCCUCGAAGCAGGAUCCUCCUUCACGACGACAAUGCUUCAGCGCACUCCGCAAAACGGACUGUUGAAUAUUUGACUAUGGCAGGUGUCGAGAUAAUGAGUCAUCCGCCAUACAGUCCUGACCUGGCGUCAUGCGACUUUUAUUUAUUCCCAAGAACUAAAGAUAAAAUUCGAGGUAUUCGCUUUACGAACCCUGAAUAUGUGGUGAAAGCGUACGAAAAUGUCAUAGAAGAGGAAGAAUGGGCUCACUGCUUUUCUCAGUGGUUACAUCGAAUGCGACGAUGUGUAGAGAGGAAUGGAUAAACAAUAAAAGUAUUGGCAACUUUCUACAUUAAGCCGUUUUUCAUUUUAUAAGCAUUUUCAGUGUUACCUAGGUGCAAACAAUUCAGCUAAUUCAAAUGUUGUGAGCCUUCUUGAGUGUAAAGCCCGCAAAAAUUCGUGUUCAAUCAAAUCGACACGUGUUUCACCUCUACACGAGGCCAUCCUCAGGAGAUGUUGACACAAAAUUCUGGCACGAGAUAGAUUGGGUAGUUUGACAUAUCGCUAGAGAGAGAGAGAGAGAGACUCUCCUACUUUCAAUGCUUCUACAAUACUACAAUGCUACAAUAUUAAUAUUUUGAAUAAAAUGCCACAAAGGCAAAAAUAAA